UUUGUCGGAAUCUUUUCUUGAGUCCCUUGAUCCGUGAAUUUGAGAACCAUGGAGAAACAGCCAGAGCAUGGCAUCGAGAAGGUUGAGCAGGGCUCGGAAGGAAGAUGUCCCCAAAUUGACAAGAAGAAAGAAAGCGCACUUUUGCGGAAGAUUGACCUACAUCUGAUGGUUCCCCUUUGGAUUGUGUUUGUCUUUGGCUUCCUGGAUCGUAUCAAUCUUGGAAACGUCAGUGUCCUGGGAAUUCUCCAAGAGCUCAACAUGACUGGGACGGAUAUGAGUAUUGCAAUGCAGAUCUUCUUCGUGCCAUAUAUCUUAGCAGAUAUUCCAAGCAACAUCAUUCUCAAACGAUUCUCGCCAUCGACGUGGAUCAGCGUGUUAACGUUCUGCUGGGGUGUUGUGUGUAUGUGUCAAGGGGUUGUUAAAAACACUUCCGGAUUGAUCGCCUGUCGUUUCUUCCUGGGUCUCUGUGAAGGUGGAUUCGUGCCGGGGUGUGCAUACCUCAUGUCAAUGUACUAUAAGAGACAUGACUUCCAAAAACGCUUCUCCCUUCUGUGGGUAGCCGGUCUUGUAGCCGGCGCCUUUGGAGGUCUGUUGGCAUACGCCCUUCAUCAUAUGCAUGGAAUGAGUGGCUACUCGGGCUGGCGCUGGAUCUUCAUAAUUGAAGGUCUUUUAUCCAUCGUCUCGGCUAUUCCCGCCAAGUUCAUCAUUGCCGACUGGCCUGAACAGGCCAAAUUCCUAAACGAGGAAGAGAAGAGGCUAUUGAAAGAACGGAACUCUCGUGAUGUCGGCGAGGGGGCGAGAAUGGACCGACUUGAUGCCGCGGCAUGGAAGCGGAUAAUGUCUGAUUGGAAGAUCUAUGUUGGAAGUCUGGUUUACCUCGGAAUCACCGUCUCGGGGUAUGCAACCGCGCUGUUCAUUCCGUCUAUUGUGAACUCAUUGGGAUAUGAUGGCGUUCAGACCCAAGUACAAAGCAUCCCAGUCUGGGCGGUGGCGGCCGCCGUCACUGUGAUUGUGUCUUAUCUGACAGAUCGUGUGCAACAUCGUUACGGGUUCGUGAUAUUCGGAGUCAUAUUUUCCUCCAUCGGGUAUAUCAUUCUCCUUUGUCAAGGGCCACUCUCGGGUGGACUGAACGUGCGAGUCCGUUAUAUGGCAGUUUUCUUCGUGACCACGGGGUGUUACAUCGUUCAACCAGUGGCCAUCGUCUGGUUUGCCAACAAUCUGAGUGGGCAUUACAAACGUGCUAUCGGGCUUGCGAUUCAAGUCGGAUUCGGAAAUAUCGGUGGUAUCAUCGCCAGUAAUAUCUUCAACAGAGAUGCGGCUCCUCAAUACAUCGUUGGGUACAGUGUCUCCCUGGCUAUGAUGGUGUUUUGUGGCAUUAUGAGCACGAUAUUCGCAGCAGGGCUGGUGAUCGAGAACAAGAUGAGGGACCAGGGAAAGCGUGAUGAACGUUUUCAAUUAGAUGAAGAUGUUUUCAAUAACCUAGGGGACGAUGACCCAAGGUUCCGUUUCAGUCUUUGAAUUGCCGAACCGAGUUAUCUCAAAACAAGUGUCAUAUGCCUCGAUUAAUUCCCGGGCAGCUGUUACAGAGGCACUUGCUGAAGAAUUCACAUCACAUGGAUUUACAAGGCGGUGCUUUAGAUAUCGAGUAUGAGAAUGCCAUAUAAGAUCAACAAUGGAGUAGUAAUAUAUCAAUGUAGACAGAAGCAACCAUGAACAUUCAAGGACCCGGCUAUGGAGACGUGUGUGUGUGUGUGUGAGAGAGAGAGAGAGAGAGAGAGGAAGGGUGAUCAGCGGGGGUUACUGGCCUAGGGCACCUCUUUUGCUCCUGCCAUCUUUUGCUUUGCCCUCUUCUGCUCUGGAUCUCAUCCUCUUUACUAUCCUCGCAGUAUGUCCUGCGAGCUAUUUACUUUUAUCACUUUCUUCCAGUUCGUUUUAUUUCAUUCCUUGCUUUUAUUCUGGUGCCCCUUCCUCCAUUACACUCAUCUCCAUCUCAUUACCUUCAUCCCCAUCUCUUCAAGCACCGACCAAAGAGUGAUUUCGGAGACAUGAAUACCGGUAGGCUGAGCCCACCCGAAACUUCUUUCUAUUAUGUAUCUGAACCUUGACGUAUCAGUGGUUUUGACUGUAUACGUUGUCUUUUCUAUUAGAAUCGAUGAAAUCUUCACAAGUGCACAAAGCCAGAAGGCACCCUCCAGCCAACUACCACACAAAGCGGGCUGUGCUCUGAGAGGUUGAAAUCGAUCAAUGAUAAUGUCUGGGACUGCGUCAUUUGCAAGCAUAUAGGCCACUGCAUUUGAGGAUUCAAAGCCAUCUUUCAACCAAAACAACACAGGAUUAAGAGAGAAGUGCCUAGGCAAACUAGCAAAUAAGACGGGCGAUACAUAUUUCUUUUCUAGAGUCAAGUAUCUCAUCUAAGAGCGCGAGUCUUCGAAACUGGAUACCCACUAACCGCCACGCAGUUGAAGGAGAAAGACACCACAAGAAGCCAUCAAAGCCUGUACCGAAUGAUUGUGGCCAGGGAACUAGAAGAGCCCAUCUGGAAGAGCCCAUCUGCUACCGUCCUCGUUCUGAUCAAGGGUUCCCUGCGUGUCCAUCUUGGCCGGUGUGGUUGACUUCGCCUUGUAAUUCGGCUAAAACGGCAAGGAUUUCCUUGUCAGAAGCACCGGAGCGAAUGACAGACACCAUGCGGUCUAAAUCCGCCUGGUCAUUGUGGCGAACCAAAUCUAACACUUGUUCGAGGUAGUCUUUGUAGUAUCGGAGCUUCUCGGCCUGUGUGUCGACAGGGACACCGUUUCGGUCAUCGUGGUUUCCGCU